AUGGGUUCCGCAAUCAAACUUGGCCUGUUCGGCCUGCUCAGUGCUGCUGCCGUCAACGCAGCUCCCGUCGCCCCGGAGGCGAACGCUCUUGUCCCUCGUGCUUCUUGCACCUUCUCCGGCUCUACCGGUGCCGCCCAGGCCAUCAAGAACAAGGCUUCUUGCUCUACCAUUACCCUGAGCAACGUCGCUGUCCCAGCUGGAACUACCCUGGAUCUGACUGGACUGAAGUCCGGCACCAACGUUAUCUUCGAGGGAACCACCACCUUCGGCUACAAGGAAUGGGAUGGACCCCUGGUCUCUGUUUCCGGAACAUCCAUCACCGUCCAGGGAGCCACUGGAGCCGUUCUCAACGGAGACGGUGCCCGCUGGUGGGACGGCAAGGGAACUAACGGCGGCAAGACCAAGCCCAAGUUCUUCUACGCCCACAGCCUGACCAACUCCAAGAUCGAGAACAUCUACAUCAAGAACUCCCCCGUUCAGGUCUUCAGCGUCAACGGCGCCAAGGAGCUUACCCUCAGUGGAAUCACUGUCGACAACGCCGACGGAGACAGCCAGGGCGGCCACAACACCGACGCUUUCGACGUUGGCUCCAGCAACGGUGUCUACAUCACCAACCCUACCGUCCACAACCAGGACGACUGUCUUGCCGUCAACUCCGGCACCAACGUCCACUUCACCGGCGCUAAGUGCACCGGCGGUCACGGUAUCUCCAUCGGCUCCGUCGGCGGACGCUCCGACAACGUCGUGAACGGUGUCACCAUCGAGAACUGCACCAUCAAGGACUCCCAGAACGGUGUUCGCGUCAAGACCGUCUACGGUGCUACCGGCUCCGUCAAGGGCGUCACCUACAAGGACAUCACCCUCUCUGGAAUCACCAAGUACGGAAUCGUCAUCGAGCAGGACUACAAGAACGGCAGCCCUACCGGAACCCCCACCAGCGGCGUCCCCAUCACUGGUCUGACCAUCAGCGGUGUCACCGGAUCUGUCUCCAGCAGUGCUACCGAUGUCUACAUCCUGUGUGCUUCCGGCGCUUGCUCCAACUGGUCUUGGGGCGGCGUUAGCCUCUCCGGUGGUGUGAAGAGCAAGAAGUGCAAGGGUAUUCCCAGCGGUGCUAGCUGCUAA